AUGGGAAUACUGGCAAGGUAUAUGUCGAACCCAACCAACAGUGCAUGGAAAGCUGCCAUCCACCUGAUGAAAUACCUCAAUCAAACUAGUGAAUACAAAUUAAUCUUUGGAAACAGAUCAAGUGAACACUCAAGGCAGCCAAUUGUCAUGUACACCAAUGCCAACUGGGCCUUGGACCCAACAAAUGGAUGGAGAAGCAUGUCAGGAGUGAUAAUGUAUGUAUAUGGGUGCCCAGUCAGCUGUAGAUUGCACAUCCAGAAAUGUGUAGCAUUAUCAGCAGUGGAGGCCAAAUUCGUUGCUGCUUCAGAGGCAGUGAGAGAAGCACUUUUCUUCUCAUACCUUCUCAGGGAUUUGGAGAUUGAUGCUGCUCACCCAGUCUUAUGCACAGACAGCCAGGGAUGCAUACAGGUGAGUAAGGAUCCUGCAAAGCACUGGAAGUUGAAGCACAUAGAUACUAGGUAUCAUUUCAUCAGGGAUCACAUUCAAGAUGGAGAGAUAGAAAUCAGAUUUGUUGGGAUGGCAAACAAUGUGGCAGAUAUCUUAAUGAAACCAUUAAAGGGUUUGGCAAUGUCAUGGCUAGCUCAGUUACUAGGAUUGGUGAUGCCAUCGAAGGGGGGAGUUGAAGAUGCAUUGGCAUCCCAACAGGAUUCACAGGGUUUGCAGAGCAUCAUGGGGUCCAUGGAUCAUAAGUGA